AUGGAGGCGGAGGACGAGGCCACUGGACAGAUGAUCGAAGAUGAGGAGAUAUACGUUAAUGGCGGUGGAGAUGGCGACGAGUCGAAGCGUCACAGACCAAUCAUAAGUGGCGAGCAACUGGACGUCGAGGCGUACGCGGCGCUGUACACCGGACGCACGAAGAUCAGUCGGCUUCUUUUUAUCGCAGAGAAAUGCGGCAACGCUUCGAUGCAGUUGGAUGCCCUGAGGAUGGCUUACGACGAGAUUAAGAAGGGGGAGAACACGCAGCUGUUCAGAGAGGUUGUGGCGAAGAUUGAUGGGCGUUUGGGUCCCAAUUAUGGGCCGGAUAAUGCUUGGGCUGAUGCUGUGGACAGGCGGGCUGAGUUGAGGAAGGAGAGGCUCGAGAACGAGCUCAAUGCUUACAGGACAAAUUUGAUCAAAGAGAGCAUUCGAAUGGGAUACAAUGAUUUUGGAGAUUUUUACUUUGCACAUGGUCAGCUUGGAGAUGCUUUUAAGAAUUACGUCCGAACGCGUGAUUAUUGCACGACAUCAAAGCAUAUUGUUCAUAUGUGUCUGAAUGCAAUUUUAGUUAGCAUAGAGAUGGGUCAGUUCACCCAUGUUACAAGCUAUGUUAGUAAGGCUGAGCAAAGUCAAGAUGCCUUGGAUCCCAUUACAAUUGCAAAAUUACGUUGCGCUGCUGGAUUGGCUCUCUUAGAAGGCAAGAAGUACAAGCUUGCAGCUCGGAAGUUCCUGGAAACUGGCCCCGAUCUGGGGAACAGCUACACAGAAGUGAUUGCACCGCAAGAUGUUGCGACUCAUUAUGCUUCCUGUCUGGAAUAUCUAGGAAAUCUUAAAGCAAAUUUGUUGCUUGACAUCCAUUUGCAUGACCAUGUGGAGACCUUGUACGAACAAAUCCGUAACAAAGCUCUCAUCCAGUACACACACCCAUUUGUCUCUGUUGAUCUGCACAUGAUGGCGAAUGCUUUCAACACAAGUGUUGCGAGCUUGGAGAAAGAGCUUGAAGCUCUGAUUACUAACAACCAAAUACAGGCUCGAAUAGACUCGCAUAACAAAAUUCUUUAUGCUCGACACGCGGAUCAAAGGAACGCUACAUUCCAGCGGGUCCUGCAAACUGGCAAUGAAUUUGAUCGGGAAGUAAGAGCCAUGCUUCUGAGAGCAAAUCUUAUCAAACACGAGUUUAACCUCAAGGCAUCAUCACGGAAGCACUGA